CUACUGAGCUCUGUUUUCAACAAGAAGAAAAUGAGGAGAUGGAGAAUCUAAGCGGAAAUAGUUACGAUGACCGUGAAUUUAGCAAGAUUACAUCGGAUUACAUGAUGUAUUUGUUGAUAAUGCGACCAAAAUUGAUGUCGCAAGUGGCAGGAAUCGGAACUAUACGAUUCAGAGACACUUUAGCUGAAGCUGAGAGGUUUUUCAAAGGAAAGCAUAUCAAGAACCUGAGAGAUAUGAAACGAGCGAGUAAGACGAUUUUAUCGGUUAGUAACGAUUAUGAGCCAAUGUAUGUGAAGGGAAAUCGAAGCAAGUCAGUGCUUUUUGAUGCGAGUAUGUUGGCAAAAGAGCUUCAGAGAUUGGAAGAUAAUAAUAGUAGAAACGGACAUGGGAAAUGGAGAGUGUUAAGUAAAGUGUGGGUUGAGUUGCUAUGUUACGCAGCAAGUCAGUGUAAAGCUAUGGAGCAUGUGGCGCAACUUAGCAGAGGUGGGGAGCUUCUUAGCUUUGUUUGGUUGUUGAUGGCUCACUUUGGUUUAUCAGAUCAGUUUGAGAUCGAUAAAGGAGAACCUAGAGCUAUACUCGUUGCAGGAGAGUGAUAGUUAUUACUCGUUGAGAUCGUUCAAUGUGGGAUAUUGUUAUCCGUAAUUGUUAUAACAAAAAAUACAAUAUAAAUCUAUCUGUUGUACGAGAAAAAUUCUUAAAAAAUUGUCAACCUUUUU